AUGGCGGCGGCGCUCCUGCUGGGCCGGGCGCUCCCGGUGCUCCCGAUGCUCCCGGUGCUCCCGGUGCUCCCGGCGCUGCUGGCGCUGCUGGCGCCGCGGGCGGGCGCGGGGCUGGCUGCGUGUUACGACGGCGCGGGGCGCGCGCAGCGCUGCCUGCCCGAGUUCGAGAACGCGGCGUUCGGCCGGCUCGCCCAGGCCUCGCACACGUGCGGCCGCCCGCCCGAGGACUUCUGCCCGCACGUGGGCGCGCGCGGGGGCGGCGGGGCGCAGUGCCAGCGCUGCGACGCCGCGGACCCCCGGCGCCACCACAACGCCUCCUACCUCACCGACUUCCACAGCCAGGACGACAGCACCUGGUGGCAGAGCCCGUCCAUGGCCUUCGGCGUGCAGCACCCCACCUCUGUCAACAUCACCCUCCGCCUGGGGAAAGCUUACGAGAUCACCUACGUGCGGCUGAAGUUCCACACCAGCCGCCCCGAGAGCUUCGCCAUCUACAAGCGCAGCCGGGCGGGCGGCCCGUGGGAACCCUACCAGUACUACAGCGCCUCCUGCCAGAAGACCUACGGCAGGCCCGACGGCCAUUACCUGCGCCCCGGCCAGGACGAGCGUGUGGCCUUCUGCACCUCCGAGUUCAGUGACAUCUCCCCGCUGAGCGGGGGCAACGUGGCCUUCUCCACCCUGGAGGGCCGGCCCAGCGCCUACCACUUUGAAGAGAGCCCCGUUCUGCAGGAGUGGGUCACCAGCACCGAGCUCCUCAUCUCCCUAGACCGGCUCAACACGUUUGGGGACGACAUCUUCAAGGACCCCAAGGUGCUGCAGUCCUAUUACUACGCUGUGUCUGACUUCUCUGUGGGCGGCAGGUGCAAGUGUCAUGGGCACGCCAGCGAGUGUGGUCCCGACGCGGCGGGCCAGCUGGUCUGCCGAUGCCAGCACAACACCACGGGCACGGACUGCGAGCGCUGCCUGCCCUUCUUCCAGGACCGCCCGUGGGCGCGGGGCACAGCCGAGGCGGCCAACGAGUGUGUGUCUUGCAACUGCAGCGGCCGCUCCGAGCAGUGCGUGUUCGAUCGGGAGCUCUUCCGCGGCACCGGCCACGGCGGGCGCUGCCUCCACUGCCGUGACCACACGGCGGGGCCGCACUGCCAGCACUGCCGGGAGAACUUCUUCCGCUGGGACCCGCGGGCGCCCUGCCAGCCCUGCGACUGCCACCGGGCAGGCUCGCUGCGCCUCCAGUGUGACGGCUCGGGCACCUGCACCUGCAGGGACACUGUGACGGGCUGGAAGUGUGACCGCUGCCUGCCCGGCUUCCACUCGCUCAGCGAGGGAGGCUGCAGACCCUGCUCCUGCAACCCCGCUGGCAGCCUGGGCACCUGUGACCCCCACAGUGGGCGCUGCCCCUGCAAAGAGAAUGUGGAAGGCAGCUGGUGUGACAGAUGUCGCCCAGGGACCUUUAACCUGCAGCCCCACAACCCGGCCGGCUGCAGCAGCUGCUUCUGCUACGGCCACUCCAAGGUGUGUGCAGCCGCUGCCCGGUUCCGAGUGCACCACAUCCUCUCCGACUUCCGCCGGGGGGCAGACGGCUGGCAGGCCAGUGGCGUGGGGGACCCGGAGCAGCCUGCACGGUGGAGCCCACGUGGGCUCCUCCUGAACCCAGAAGACGAGGAGGAGCUCACAGCCCCAGAGAAGUUCCUGGGUGACCAGCGGUUCAGCUACGGGCAGCCCCUCACACUGACCUUCCAGGUCCCCCCCGGGGGCUCCCCCGGUCCCGUGCAGCUGAGGCUGGAAGGGGCCGGCCUGGCCCUGACUCUGCCGUACUCCCGCCUGUCGGGGCCCCGGGACACCGGGCAGCCAGGAGCAGUACAGCUCGAGUUCCAGCUGCAGGAGACCUCGGAGGACGUGGACGCCCCGCUGCCCGCCUUCCACUUCCAGCGGCUGCUCGCCAACGUGGCCGCUCUGCGCAUCCGGACCGGCCCGAGCCCUCCUGGCCAAGUGUUCCUGACUGAGGUCCGGCUCACGUCGGCCAGGCGGGGACUUUCCCCCACAGCCUCCUGGGUGGAGACUUGCUCAUGUCCCAAGGGAUAUGCGGGCCAGUUCUGUGAGUCCUGUGCUCCGGGAUACAAGAGGGAGACGCCCCUGGGGGGGCCCUACACCAGCUGCGUCCCCUGCACCUGUAAUCAGCAUGGCACCUGUGACCCUGACACAGGGAUCUGUCUGUGCGGCCACCACACGGAGGGCCCGUCCUGCGAGCGCUGCUUGCCAGGUUUCUACGGCAACCCCUUCGCAGGCCACGCUGACGACUGCCAGCCUUGUCCGUGCCCGGGACAGUCGUCCUGCGCCACCGUCCCCGAGAGCAGGGAAGUGGUGUGUACCCACUGCCCUCUGGGCCAGAGAGGGCGGCGCUGUGAGAUCUGUGAUGAUGGCUUCUUUGGGGACCCGCUGGGGCUCUCUGGGGACCCUCAGCCCUGUCGGCGGUGCCAGUGCAAUGGGAACGUGGACCCCAACGCUGUGGGCAACUGUGACCCCCUGUCUGGCCACUGCCUGCGUUGCUUGUACAACACGACAGGGCCUCACUGUGAGUGGUGCCAAGAAGGCUUCUACGGGUGCGCCCUGGCCCCUCGGCCCGCGGACAAGUGCAUGCCCUGCAGCUGCAACCCAGGGGGCUCGGUCAGUGAGCAGAGGCCCUGCGACCCCGUGAGCGGCCAGUGCCCCUGCCUGCCUCAUGUAACCGGACGGGACUGUGGCCGCUGCAGCCCAGGCUUCUACGACCUCCAGCCCGGGAGGGGCUGCCGGAGCUGUAAGUGCCACCCACUGGGCUCCCAGGAGAACCAGUGCCACCCCAAGACUGGGCAGUGCUCCUGCCGCCCGGGCAUCGAGGGCCAGGCCUGCGACAGAUGCCAGCUGGGUUUCUUCGGCUUCUCCAUCAAAGGCUGCCGGGCCUGCAGGUGCUCCCCACUGGGCUCCGCCUCACCCCAGUGCCACGAGAACAGCACGUGUGUGUGCAAGCCUGGCUUCGUGGGUUACAAGUGUGACCGCUGCCAGGUCAACUUCUUCCUCACGGCCGACCGUGCACAAUGCCAGGAGUGCCCGUCCUGCUACACCCUGGUGAAGGAGGAGGCUGCCAAGCUGAAGGCCAGGCUGACCCUGAUGGAGGGGUGGCUGCAGGGGUCCGACUGUGGAAGGCCCUGGGGACCAAUGGACAUUCUGCAAGGAGAGGCCCCUCGGGGUGACAUCUACCAGGGCCACCACCUGCUUCAAGGGUUCCGGGAAGCCUUCCUGGUGCAGGUGACAGGCCUCAAGGGUGCUGUGAAGGCUGCGCAGGAGCAGCUGCAGAGGCUGAGCAGGAGGGCCCGCUGUGCCCAGGCCAGAGCCGAGAAGACCUGUGUCCAGCUGGCAGACCUGGAAGCAGCCUUGGGGUCCUCGGAAGAGGAGAUCCUGCAUGCGGCCACUGUCCUGGCAUCUCUGGUGAUUCCUCAGGAAGUUUCCGGUCAGCCCACCAACUGGAGCCACCUGGCCACAGAGGCCCGUGUCCUCGCCAGGAGCCACAAGGACACUGCCACCGAGAUCAAGGCCACAGCUCAGAGGGCUCUGCUCGCCUCCAACACCAGCUACACGCUUCUCCGGAGCCUGGUGGAGGGCAGCCUGGCCCUGGAUGCUCAGCGGGAGCUGGAGGACAGGUACCAGGAGGUCCAGGUGGCCCAGAAGACACUGGGCAGAGCUGUGGCCGAGGUGCUGCCUGAAGCUGAGAGGGUGCUGGCCGCCAUGCAGCAAGCUGGCACAGACACAGCCCUGCCCCUGACCUCGCUGGCUGCCCCUGCAGCACUGAAUUCCGGGACCAGGGACCUGAGCCUGAGGGUGCAGGACCUGGAGAAGACGGUCAUGUCCAGGGAGCAGGGGAUCACUGAGGCUGCCCGGGCCCUGCAGGCGACGGCCCACUCCAUGCUGCACAAGACAGAGCCCCUCAUGCAGCUGCAACAGGAGGCCAGAGCUGCCCUGACCCAGGCUUCCUCAUCUGUCCAGGCUGCCACAGUGACCGUCAUGGGAGCUAGGACCCUGCUGGCUGACCUGGAAGGAAUGAAGCUGCAGUUUCCCGGGCCCAAGGACCAGGCCGCGCUGAGGAGGAAGGCGAGCAUCGUCCGGGGCAGGCUCCUUGCGGAGGCGAAAAAGAAGACCAAGCAGGUGGAGAGGACGCUGGGAAACGCGGCAUCUGUGUCCUCCAGUGCUAAGAAGAAGGCCAAGGAAGCCGAGCUGUUGGCCAAGGACAAUGCCAAGCUCGCCAAGGCCUCGCGGAGGGAGGGGGAGCAGGAUCGCCGCCGGGCCAGCCGGCUCUCCGGCCAGACGCGGGCUGCGCUCCGCCAGGCCUCGCGGCAGGUGCUGGUCUCAGGAGCACUGAGACGGGAGCUGGAGGACGCUGAGCAGGUGGGUGCUGGGCUGAGUGAGAUGGAGCAGCGGAUCCAGGAAUCUCGCUCCACCCUGGAGGAGGACGUCAAGGCCUUGUCAGAGCUGCUCGCCAGGCUGGAAUCACUGGACACCCAUCGAGCCCCAGGCCGGGCCCUGACCAAGACCCAACAGGCCCUGGAGCGCCUGAGGCUGCGGUUAGGCCCGCCCGGGCCCCUGCAGGAGCAACUGAGGCUGUUGGAGCAGGAGUCUGAACAGCAGGAACUGCAGAUCCAGAGCUUCGAGAGUGACCUCGCCGAGAUCCGUGCUGACAAGCAGAACUUGGAGGCCAUUCUAAAGAGUCUGCCCCCGAGCUGUGCCAGCUGGCAGUGAGCGCGCUCCGCCUGGCAGGAGCGCCCAGAGCCCGCUGCUGCGAACCCUCCCGAGUGAGCACACACCCUUCCGAGUUCGUGCCCAUGCCUCCUCCAUCUGCAGGAGUCAGCGUGCACACUCAGGGAUCACCGCUGCAUACACUCCCUGCCGUGCACACCCAAACACGCACACCACGGUGUCAAUAACGCAUGCGUGCUUGCACAUGUAUACGUGUGGACACGUGCCUGUGUGUGUGGUACACACAUGUGCACGAGUCCAUCUGUGCACAUACACCUGUUACAAUCAACCCACAGCUGCUUAUUGGGGGCCACUGUGUGCUGCACACCCUCUGGAUGCUGGGGAGUCACGUUAAGCACGCUGUGGCGCUCACAUGCUACUCACUCUUGAAAGCCUGGGCCCAGGCAGGUUGGUACCUGGGAGGCUGGGGGGGUAUCUGCAGAGAUCCAGGGUGGGAUCAGCAAGGGCCAGAGCCCCAGUCCUAGGGCAGCCUUCUGUCCCACUGCAGUCCUCUCCGUCACCCUCCACACACACACCCAGCAGCUCUGUACAGUCAAGGGACGGGCAGGCCAGAAACUCAAGGUCCUAGAGGGUUCUCAGCAGUGGAACCCGAGGCCCGGGACUCCUGGGCCAUGGUGCAGCCUGCUGGGCCAGCCAGGGUGGCCCACCCCUGCAGGGAGGUCAUUGGCUUCAUGGAAUGCUUCGUUCUCAGGAUCCUGGGGCCCCUUUCACUCUGUGGCCUGUCCAAAGAGCUGGGCUCAAGGGCCUGAGGAGGCCUGGGUCAGGGGGCGCAGGUAGCAGGGGGCUCCCCUUUGUGACCCCAUUGACCCCAGAGGGCCUUUGACUGAUUGACACUCCCAAAGCAGCCCUCACCUGUUCCAAGGGAGGCCGCUGCUGGGCGUGGAGGCCUGGCUGCCUUUGCGGCCUGUGCUGCUGGAGAAUCCCCCUGUGGCCAGGCCUCCCUGCCGGCCUCUGUCCAGGAUUCCCUGGCAUUUCCUCCUGGCACGCCUCCGCUUUCCCGGGCCUCUUCCAACAGAUGGCAGGGCCUUGGCACCGGGAAGAUGGGUGCCACAGGGCGCCCAGGACCCUCCCACAGCUCUUCCUGUCCUCAGCGGGGGAGGGGGGGCAGCCACAGUCCAAUUCUGUCUGAUGUGGAAAUAAAGGACCUCUUUACUA